AUGCUGCUGCAGCUGCUCUCUGUCCUCUGGGAGGCCUUGUCCCUGCAGGUCGUUCUGGUGUUUCUGGCUACAUUUCUACUUCUUGCUGAUUACAAGAGAAAUAUUCGCCCAAGGAAUUACCCCCCAGGGCCCAUGCCUCUUCCUUUGCUGGGUAAUAUGCUACAUGUGGAUUUCAAGAAGGCUCACAUUUCAUUACAAAAGGUAAGGAUGAAGGAAAAACCCUAUAGCAUGAAUUAAAUACUACACUGCUGAGCCAGAUUUGGGGUGGUGCAAGUGGUCCCCUGGCAUAGGGCACUGAGCCAAGUGGGCAAAGAAUUGAGAGGAUCGAUCAUUGUGAAGAUCCAUUUAUGUGUGCCAGAUUUUGGUCACUCUCAGGGUGCCAUACUACCAAAAUAUGCCCCUACAUUGCACUGGAAAGGAGUGUAAGACCCUGGCUGGAGAAGCAGGUUGAGAUGCUUCCAGGUUUAGCAUCCUGAUUCUGAGAGAGGUCAGCCUCAUGUCUGCGAGGAGCCCAUGUGUGGGGCACCAAGAAAAAUGCCUUUCUUUUUGUUUGUUCCCAGAAUAUGGUAUCCAGAAGUGUUUUGCCUCUUACCUUUGAGGAUCUAUUUUAUUCUACAGUUAUUUGUAACAAAUCUGGGUCUUACAACUGCCUUUCACUUACCGUGGUUGGCAGAGUAUUUUUUGUGUGUCUUUGUAUGUUUUGUUGCUCCUUGUCCUACCUUCCCCACUUUUAUCUUUGCAACAACUCUGUGUGGUAGACUAGGCAAAGUUACUACAUGCAAAUAAGCAGCAACUCUUGUGAAUACAUUGCAGGUGGAGGAUGGAGGGGGCCUGUCCAUGUACAGACCCUGGAAACCAUUUUGGCAUUUCUGAUGUCCCCGAUAUAUUUGAUGGCAAUCAAAGUUCCCUUCUUCCAUAUAGGCAUUCAAGAAGCACCAAGCAGACAAAUUAAUAUAUAAUAUAGAGAGAGGAUAAAUCAUUUCUUACAUUCUUCCUCAAUCUCCAUCCAGCUUAUAGAAAAAUACGGCAAUGUCUACAGUCUUCAGGUUGGAAGCAUGAGGUUUGUGGUUGUGAAUGGAUUGCAUCUGGUGAAAGAGGCCCUUGUCCAUCAGGGUGAAAACUUUGUAGAUCGACCAAAUAGUCCUGGUACCCAGGAAAUGUUUGGGUCAUCUGGUAAGUUUCUUUUAAUGUUGUCAAUUAUUUAGAUAAUUAAAUAAUUCCUUUUUAUUUUUUAUUUUUAAUGGUCUGCAUUGAUUGGGGAACCUUUUAGAUUAUUCCUCAAGUUUAAAUAUUCAGGACUCAUUGUUAGAUCUUUCCUUAAUCUUCUUUUUCAUUCCUUGCAUCUUUAAACCAGUAGUAGUAAGCUGUGUCAUAUCCCUACUAAACUGUUUAGAUUAACUGAACUCACCAUUCAGUAUUGAGUACUGAAGAUAAACAGCUUGUAAAUAAGAACCUGACAUUAUUAUGGAUGGAGGAAUCUGUCGGUUUUUCUUUCAAUCAGUUAUUCAUUAUUCCAUUCUUCAGUUUGCAACACUUACACAUCAGUAACACUCCAGUUUGUGCAUUGUUUCAGCAAGUGAGACUGAAGUAAGAUUGCAUUUAAAUGCAAGCUGAACUGAAUUUCUGUCCCAUCGCUAGUAGAGAUGGAAUAAUAGUUAGUGCUUAAGUAUGAAAGGAAGAGGUAGUAUCUUCUUCAAAGUCAUUUAUCUGCUUAUAGGGCAAGUCCUGGAAAAUGGACUACAGUUCAUAAGGAGGGAUAAUGACCUUAACACAGCAAAAUGAAACAAAACAAAACAAAAAGAAAUCUAUUAACCACAAGGAAAUGAAGGGUGUGAAUAAUUACAGAAGGGGCUAGAGUGGGACCCCCAUUUUAAAUCUAAACCAGUUAAUUCCAGGAAAAAAGAAAGCCUGAGUGGCUUAAGGAGAGGAAGGAACAAAAUAUAUUAACUGCAUGACUUCUUCACCUGUCAGUAUUUUUUUAAUGCUGCUUUUCUAUCGAGAGUUCCCACAGUGUUUCACAGGACAAAAUAAAAUUGGUAUUAAAAAUCCUACCCAAACAGUGAAACACACAAAAAGCAUCAAUGAAACAGCAGUAACAGCAAACGGCAGAAUUCAGAGCAAACAGAUAAAAGCCACCAGCACAAAUUGGCUAGUUUCUAAUGCCUUGCAGUCUUUCCAACAUGUCAUGAGCAGGCAAGCAGAAUAAUGGAAAGCAAAGAAGAGUCCAUCUUGGAAUUAACAAGAUUGCUAAAUCUACUUACUUGCUCUACGUACUUAUUACUCCUUCCUAUCUAGGACUGGUCUUCUCUAAUGGUCUCAUCUGGAAACAACAAAGACGGUUUGCCUUAUCAACACUCAGAAACUUUGGUUUGGGCAAAAGGACUUUAGAAGAACGAAUACAGGAGGAAACCCGUUACUUAAAUGAAGCAAUAGAAGCUGAAAAAGGUGAGAACCAAAGUCAUCAAUCCUGUGGCCCAUCUUACCUUAAGUUGCUGCUUUGUAUGAACUAGGUCAAAACUACAUCAGCUAGGUGCAAAGCUUUCUGGCAUAAUUUUUUCACACAAAUGUAGCUCUGCUUGGACAGAAAUGACCCUGUGAUGGCAAAGGGGGUGUUGAUAGGAAGCUCCACAGAGGCUCGUUGUGGUGCACAAAAGUUCUAGUGUGAAGCUCUGUGUUGGAACCUGCCAUGGGAGCUAAAAGCCCCUAAAAAGCCCCUGAACUAGAACAGAAUAAGAGCAAAGGUUGGGUUUUGAGGAUAUCUGCAGAUUUUUGAUAGUUUUGGUAUAUCAGUGUGUCUCUAUACUGUCUCUGAUGGGGACGGUCCUUAUCCUUUUUGACAGGCAUUGUUACAAAAAUGCCUCUCAAAUCAAUAUCACCAUACUGCAGAAUAAUCAUUGCCUAUAGAGAAUAAAUAUAAAUGGGCCUCAGAGUCCUGAGUGUCCCAGGUUAAAUUACAAGAUAUAAUGUUAAUAUGAAAUGAUUUCUUCAGCUAAAACAAAUCCUGCCUCAUCAACAUCCAACCACUUUCCCCGCCUUCUGUGUUUGUUACAUGGAAGCUAGAAGCACCCCAAUUCCUUCUGCACCAUUUUCUCUCCCUCUCCAGGUCAGCCAUUUGACCCUCACUUUCAGAUUAAUAAUGCUGUUUCAAAUAUCAUCUGUUCCAUCACUUUUGGGGACCGCUUUGAUUACCAUGACAGCCGUUUCCAUAAUUUAUUGCACCUGUUUGAUGAGGCAAGCCACCUUCAGGGAAGUUUUUGGAGUAUGGUAGGUCUUCUUUGAGUUCAACAGAAUUGCUUUGAUUCCAGACACAUUCCCACAUUCUUGCUGACUGUGCAAUCAUUUGCUUUGGGUCCUCCUGUUUCUUCAUGUUCUGAUUCCUGUUUUGUCCCUUACUAUUCAUUGAAGUCUCUUGACUCAUCCAUAUUCCUUUGCCUUCUAGCUUUUUUUAUCAAGGCACUAAAGACUUUACUAUUGCAAUGUGGGUUGCGGAAUUGUUUAUUACAGCAGAGGUUGUGUUUUUAAGUGGCUGGAGGUAUGCGUAUAUCUGUUCCUCGUACGCAGGUGUCCAGUGACCCACAUCCAGUGGAGCUGUGGGCACGCUCUUAGCAUUAGCAGAGUAUCAGCAAAGAAGUGAGGCUGUAGGUAUUUGGCAUCGCAAAAGCUUCUUUGUUUACAAAAGAUCGAAACAACAAAUAUGGCUGAGUGUGAGCAGCAGCUUUACACACGUCUCCUCUGUCCGAAAGCAGAGAACAAAGAGUACAAAAGCACAUAGAAUGUUAGUACAAUGUCUGAGUUCUGUUCCCACACUCCUAUCACUAUGGAAUGUAAACAGUGCAUCACGAGAUCCAACAGCAAUGAGAGAAUGAAAUUACUAAUAGGAAGGCUGUCACAUGUGUGACUGUGAAUAAAAUCUCUGUGUAUGUGAACAGGGUGUGACUUGAUCCUACACAAACCUGUUCUAGUCUGUGAAUGGAAGCCCCAUGCAGAUGGGCAUCAUCAAAGGGAAACCCUGAAUAUUCUUGACAUCAGCAGGCAAUUGGCACAUGCCAUUUUCAAAAUGGUAAUCAUCUUCUUGGGAAGUCAAUCAGUGAAUUACAAGUUGUGUUUGUAGAACUAACCAUAAUGAUGCCAUUUGAUUUGCAAUCUGUACAUUCUAACCAAGAAAUGAAGACAUUGCCAUGGGGUACAAUCGUAAGCAGUGGUGAGUGCAAUAUUUGCUCUAGUUCCAAGAGAGUCUGCCAUCUUUGAGCAUGUGCACACCACCCUUUAUUGCUGCUAGCCUCUUUCCCAUGACAGCAGCAUGAUGUGAAUGAUUGUUGAGAGGGUUUUUCCUUCACAUAUAUGAUAUUAGUGUUUGUUUCCUCAGCUGUACGAUGCAUUUCCUACUGUCAUGAAGCACUUGCCAGGGCCCCAUCAGACACUUUUUAAAAAAUGGGGGCAGUUGAAAUCCUUUGUGAGAGAAAUCAUUGAAAAACACAAAGAAGACUGGAACCCAUCUGAACCCAGAGACUUCAUUGAUGCCUACCUAAAUGAAAUGGCCAAGGUGAGAGAUGAAAAGGUAAAAAAGUAUGUAUCUUUAAUAACAAAACAGUAGUAGAAGGCAGAGAAGCAAUAUUAAAAACCAGAACUAGUCAUGUGGCUUGUCUGAAUGCUCCUUAGUGCCUGACCAUAUUCUUUCUGUUGAAUUUAUGACUUCAGACAAAAUACAUUUCUGCAUGCACAGAAUAUGAGGUCAUGUAUUUUGUGGGGAUACACCUCCCCACUUGUUCACUGCUGGGAUUUCACCACUAGUCGGUGGUUUGUGAGAGCAAACAGUUGACAUGACUAAAAGAAUCACUGUAGUGGAGGCAUCUCAUGACUAAAGGAUUCAGUUGCCUGAAUAAACCCAGACCAGGAAUUAUUGACCAGAACAAACCCAAACUUUAUGCCAGCAUCAGAGAGUCAUAGGACUCUUGACUGGAUCUUCCUAGAGGCAGGAUUAGAGUCACUGAAUCCACUGGUGAUCUCUUGACAUGUGGGGCUGACAGUAGGAUGGUAUUUUUAAUGACAGCUGAACUCCCUGGUGCAUUUUCUUUGCUUUAAGGAGGAUGCCCCUUCCAGUUUCCAUGAAGAAAGCCUCCUACAAUCAACACUGGAUCUGUUUUUUGCUGGAACAGAAACAACUUCUACAACCCUGCGCUGGGCUUUGCUCUACAUGGCCUUAUACCCAGAAAUUCAAGGUAGAACUGUAGUUGGCUCAUUUGCCUUUCAUUACAGUCAGAAUACUGCAGCUUCAGGUGGACUCGUCAGAAAACACACAUUCCCCUCAAUAAAAGAAUGAAGUCUUAAGGCAUUGCUGAAACUUGACUAGUGAAAGUCCUGUGUGCUUUUUCAGUUGAAGGGAAUUUCACAAAUGAGAUACCGCUACUCAGGAGGGUCUAUCCCUUGUCACCAUCUACUGGGUACUCAGUGGUGGGACAUCAAGAUGCAGUUUCCUUGCAGAUAUUGGUUUAUGUCUGUUCUCCUUGUAUUGAUAGCAGAUUUUCUUUUCUCUGCAGCAAAAGUCCAAGCAGAAAUAGAUUCUGUGAUUGGCCAGUCUCGCCAGCCAGCAAUGGAUGACAGGGACAGCAUGCCGUAUACCAAUGCGGUUGUUCAUGAAAUUCAAAGAAUAAGCAACAUUGUGCCUUCGAAUGUGCCCCGGAUGACAACUAAGGACACUACACUCGCUGGGUUUCAUAUUCCCAAAGUAAGUAUUAAGAUGAUACAAUGGUACCUUGGGUUAAGAGCUUAAUUUGUUCUGGAGCUGCGUUCUUAACCUGAAACUGUUCUUAACCUGAAGCACCAUUUUAGCUAAGCGGGCCUCCCGCCUCUGCCGUGUGAUUUCUGUUCUCAUCCUGAAGCAAAGUUCUUAACCCGAAGUACUAUUUCUGGGUUAGCAGAGUCUGUAACCUGAAGCGUCUGUAACUUGAAGCAUCUGUAACCCGAGGUACCACUGUAUACCAUUCUUAUUUUCCUUUCCUCUUCCUUCAAGAUACAAAAACUUGAAGCCAGAGUUCUAAAUGAGGGUUGGCCAACAUGAGGUCCUCCAGAUGUUGUUCAAGUCCAACUCUUACCAACCUGAGCCAGCAUGAGCAAUAGGCAAGAAUGGUUGGACUUGGAUCCGGGAGGCUUAGUACUGCUGUAGAUAGUUGCACAGAUAAAAACACAAAGAGUUCUCUGCCAGUUUAAUCUACUAUCUUCUCUUCUUUUUCUUUGAGAGGAAACCAUAUUGAUUCCCAACCUGACUUUGAAUGUCUUUUAAAAUCUAUAUUGGAACUGUGCUUUUGUGGGACUUCGUUGGAUGAAUUACUUAAUAAUGAGAAGUAAAUAUUGCUUUCAGAACAUAUCCUUGCUCUGUCAGGGGAUAGGGGCUUAGUACUGCUAUAACUUCAAAGACAAUACAGUGGUACCUCUGGUUACGAACUUAAUUCAUUCCGAAGGUGUGUUCUUAACCUGAAACUGUUCUUAACCUGAGGUACCACCUUAGCUAAUGGGGCCUCCCGCUGCCACCACGCCACUACUGUGUGAUUUCUGUUCUCAUCCUGAGGUAAAGUUCUCUACCCGAGGUACUACCUCCUUGUUAGUGGAGUCUGUAACCUGAAGUAUUUGUAACACAAGGUGUUUGUAACCCGAGGUACCACUGUACUCGAAAGCGCCUUGUCAUUUUUAUCUACUUUCUUCUCUGCUUCUCCUUUGCCAGGGAACCAUAAUGCUCGCCAAUUUGACCUCUGUGCUGUUUGACAAGGAUGAGUGGGAAACACCCAAUGAGUUUAAUCCUGGCCAUUUCCUAGAAAAUGAUCAGUUCAUGAAAAGGGAAGCGUUCUUGCCAUUUUCUGCAGGUAAAAAAGUUCAUGGGCUGCUCAUCAGAACUGCAACAGUGAGAAUAUGAUGGUGAUUUGGUUGCUGAGAGCCUUGUGUAUUGCUGAGGUUACCACCCUAUUGGGACCAGUGGUCACAUUUGGGAUUUUGAGGAAGUGCUCUAUGUGCAUGUCACAAAAUGGCUGCCAUGGGAGGUGGGAUGUUACAUGAAAUGGUGUUGAUAUACUCCCCCCCCCUCCACCCAGUAAGCAAGCAGUUUGGAUUUUUUUAGGGAAUAUUUACUGGGACCUUUCUCAGCUGCCCUAGAACAGAAACCUACUUCCAUCUGGAACUUGAGCAACUAACUCUGUUUGCCACACCCUUAGCUACGUAAGCUAUAUGCAGAUUAGGGAGAUUCCUAAUAAAAUAUAAUUGAAAUUGAAAUUUUCUCCAAAACUACAUAUGAGAGAAAUUUAUGUUAAUUGAAAUGUAUCUAUUCCAAAUUCUCAAAAACCAUGAUCAUAUUUGUUCAGUGUUCCCAUUUGCUUCACUAGGAACUACAGAGGACUGGUUUCUAUCUUUAUUUUGUAAUAACAUACUGUUUUAAAGUAUUUGUUCUCUCAGUGCUGUUUUAAACUGUGCAGCUGUUUACUGUAGCAAAAGCUCUCCACUGAAAAAGUCUCUUUCUCCCUCUCUUCUAGGAAAGCGAGCUUGUUUGGGAGAGCAGUUGGCAAGGACUGAGCUCUUUCUUUUCUUCACUGCCCUAAUUCAGAAGUUCACUUUCCAAGCUCCAAAGAAUGAGACAUUAAGCCGUGAAUAUAGGAUGGGUUUGGCAUUGUCUCCCCUGCCAUACCGGAUAUGUGCAUUCUCUCGCUAA